UCCGGCGAACAGUCCCGACGACGCGAGCCGUGGAACACGCUCUCUUACACGGAUAAUCGAUAACAUAAAGUCAAUUAAAACGUCGUGACGGACAAAAAGAUCAUCAGCCGUAACAAUCGCGCGAGUAAUUAAGCCUAGUCGCGUAAUUAUGUAGGCGCUGCUUGCGCCGCGCCGUUGGUACUCGACAACGAAACGCUUCAAUCUCCGCUGAAUAAACCCAUUGGACGUGUAGCAGUCUAAUCGUUGGCCGAUUGUUUCGUCGAAAAUUUAUGAAAAACUGGUGAUCUGCUGGCAUUUCCUUCCCCUCCUGAAACUGAUGACUAUUUCCUCCUCCCUGGUGGAAACGCAAAACACUGACACUACAGAGGCAACUGUUACCCAGCAUUUCGCUUAUCUACACGGUGUUCUUCAAAACGUGGAGAAACAGAUCAUCAUCUCGCUACGCGAGCACAAAGAUUUCCGAAGAAAAAAUAUCGACGCAAUUUCCACGGAGUUGAAAGAGUACGAGGAACAACUUCAAUCUGCAAUUGUGAUCUCUACAUCGAUCAAAGAAAAUCUCAACAAGAUAGACAUUAAGCGUGUGAUAAAAAAGUUGAAAACUCUGGUCAACAUUCCUUGCCAUUUGAUUCAAAACGACGAGCCCGAGAACAGCGAAAUCAAACUUCAGAUCGACAACACCAUUGUUGAAGCCAUAGAAAAACACUGCAACAUUCAUAUACCAGAAACGUGCUUCUUCAGCCUACAACGUACGGAUUUACUGCCGAAAGAUUACGAGAUAGAACCAUUGACCGAAGAAAUUCACACCUCGAAAUCUAGAGAAGAAUCCAUCAAUAGAUCUCCGACUAUAUUAAACAUUUGUCCCAGGAAUAACGAUGAUCGUCCUACUGUUGGAUCCUCGGAGAUGAUCCGCAUCACUCACGUUUUGGAUCCCUCUUGUUUUUACGUUCAGAUGGUGCAAAAUCAGCAGAAGAUAUCAGAGCUUAGCAAGGGACUAGCCACACUGGCAAAUACGACUGGAAUAAUACCAACGGAAAUCACUUUAAAUGCACUGUACAUCGUGCAAUACUCGAAAGACAAGAACUGGUACCGUGCACGUGUUAUAGACAAGAAAAUGGUUGCAAACGAUGACGAAAGAUACACUCUGUUGUUCAUUGAUUAUGGAAUUACGGAGGAGAAUGUUCCUUUGAUUAGAAUAAGAAAUAUCAUACCACAAUUUGCCAUGUUACCGAUGAUGGCACUUAAAUGCACUCUAUUUGAAAUUGUUCCUAACAAUGGUAAAUGGCACCCCGAUGCCACUAAAGCUUUUAAGAAACUGGUUUGCACGAAUUCUAUGGUAUCGAUGUGCAUAAAAAUGAUAACCGGCGAUACCUAUUACGUCGAUCUAUGUGUGAUAUCAUCGAAAGAUUCAGGCUUGAUAUCCGUGAAAGAGAUGUUAACAUUUAUGAAAUACGCGACUUCCAUUUCACCGAAUAGAUUAAUGAGGACGAAUCCUGAUUCAGUAAGAAGAUAUUACAAAGAACAGCUGGAUUUGGAAACAUUCUCGGAUGUACAAGUUAUAUUCGUCGAGUCUCCCAGUUCUAUAUAUGUUCAACGAACGCAUUCAAAUAGAUCAUAUUUUUAUAAAAUGAUACACGAAAUGACGGAUGAUUACGAAAAGAAUAUAUCUGCCACGGAAUACAUGAUCCUUUCACCUUGUAAAGAUCUACCGUGUGCUGCCCGAGGAGUUAACGGAUAUUGGCACAGAGGACUUAUACGCGAAGUUACAGAGAACACUGUACAAGUUUUCUACGUAGAUGUAGGAUACACGUUGAUAUUAAGUUACAAUGAAAUCAGAUCACUGCCGAAGAAAUACAUGACUUGUAGAACACAGGCUAUAAGAAUUACAUUGAAAAAUAUAAAGCCACAAUCCAACAACAACCAAUGGGAAAUGGAAACUACAGAGUUCAUAAAGAAAUUUCUAAUGGACACGAAGAACUUCAGAAUUGUUCCUUUUAGUAAAGUUGGGGAUACAUACAACGUUGUUAUGUUUACUGUUCAUGACAGAAUUAAUGUCGCUGAUUUGCUAGUGCAAAAACGUUUAGCAGUGUACACUAAUUCUAGUUCCUACAAUACAAGUGCAGUUAACAAAUCCGAAAACAAGAAAAACAAAUCAAAAAAGAAUGCUAGUCAUGCAGAAUUACCUGGUAAAUUUUACGAUGACCCGAUGAACAUUAGCUCGGAGAAAAUAAAUGAAGAUCCUUUCAAAGUAAGCGUUCUGAUACACCAAGCGCAAUCUCCAGACAGUAUUUAUGUUUCGGAAUCCACGUGUGAUCACAAUGAAGUCGAACAAAUGAUGAAACAAAUGCAAGAAUUUUAUGGCAAGUAUCGGGCUGCGAAACGAGAUGUUUGGACCAAGGAUACUACCUGUGCAGUUUAUUUAGCGAAGAGUGAAAUGUAUUAUCGUGGCCGAAUCGUUGACAUUAAGUCCGACGAUAAAGUAAUCGUAUUUUUAUACGACAUAGGAAUCGAGGAAACUGUAUCAAUGAACGAUAUACAAUCAUUGUAUCCUUUGUUUUCUAAAAUAUCAACAUACGUUUUUAAGAUAAAGCUUAUGGGUAUAUUGCCCUGCGGAGGCUCCACUACGUGGCCAUCAUUAUCUUGUGAAAAAUUGCACGAAAUUAUAAAUAACAAUCAGACGUCCAAAUUCUACAUAUCUAAAUUGGAUGAUGAGGAUAUGGAAGACUCGGCGAUACCAGUAGAAUUAUGGAUUAAAGAAGUAAAAAUGGAUGGGCCAUUAGCGCCAAUAAGAUAUGAAAUUAAUUCUGUUAAUAGAAUGUUGAUUGAGAAAGGAGUAGCUUUACCUAUAAAGGAAUACGCAAAAAAGAGAGAUAAAAUUUUAGCAAUUGAAUUGAAACGACAAUUGGAGAAAAAGUUCGAAAGAUUAACGAAAUGCGAUUCAAACAUAAAGUGGUUCGAAAUUAAAGAUCACUCCAAUGGUAUUAAAAAUGAUACGGCAUUACCAUUAUUGUUUCAUUUAGACUCUGUUUCUAGUAAUCUGAUUUCUGAGAAAAUGGAAGAAAUACAUGAUAACACACCAGUACUGCCAAAAUUUUUAACUUGGCUACCAGCAAAGCCAAUAGAGGAAGAUACAUUUAUCGCCAUACCGACAUAUUUAGAUCAUUACGGCUUUCUUUAUCUUCAUUCCAAAACACAUAGUGUUAAAAUAUUAGAAUACAUAGAAAUGAAAUUAGAAAAAUUAUAUGCCAAUUGUUCAACUGAAUUUUGCGAUACCACGUGGACUGUGGGGACUUCAUGUAUUGCACAAUAUCAUGCAAAUAAAAAAUGGUAUCGAGGAAAGAUUGUAGGAAUUGAAGAAAACGACAUAAUUAAUGUGGAAUUUGUAGACUACGGAAACGUAGAAGAAUGUACAAUUGAAAAUUUAAAAAAAAGAAUUAUCUUGGAAGAUAUCCCAAUUCAAUGCACAAAAUGUUUAAUCGACGGUUUAAAUCCAGGUACUGAAAAUGGACUAUGGGUAUUGGAAGAUUUAGAUAGAAUACAUAGUCUUCUUAUUGAACAGGAAUGUGAAGUUACGAUUAUAAAAAGAACUGAAAAGUAUCUCGUUAUUUCUUUGACGAUAUUACCAAAUAAAUAUUGCGAAAAAAAAACUGAUCUGAUUGAAUUUCUUAUCAGUGAAUGGAAAAUGAACAUUAAACCUAAUAUUGAAACUAACACAAGUGAAAAUAGUAUAAUUACAAAUAGUACGGCAGAUGUAGUUAUAGAAAACUCAAGAUCAUUUUGUUCAGACGAUGAAGUAAUAAAAGAUCCAAUUAUUAGUGGAAAUCCUGUGUUACUUUCAGAUACUAAUGCUGUAGAAGAAGCAAAUAAGAAUAUUGUUGAUGUUGAAAAUUUAUCGUGGUAUAAAUUACAAAAUAAAAUAACUACUUCGACUCCUAUUGUUGCUUCUGAAGAAGAUCUUUCAAUGAAUUAUAAACUUCUCUAUAUACCAAAAGACAUAGAAUAUAUUGAGUUGGAAAUGUGUUGUAGUAUUAGUUCUACUAAAUUCUAUGCUCAAUUAAAAGAAAAUAAUCAUUCUAUGGUUUUAAAUACAUAUUACACACAGUAUAAAUUUUUAAUGAAUGACUUACAAAAUAAUGCGGAUAAGCAACCAGUGAUUACAAAUCUUACUGUUAAUACUCCAUGUUGCGCAAAAUUCACUGAUAAUCUUUGGUACCGAUGUCUGAUAACAGAAUCUGAACCUAUUGUAAAUUCAAAUAAUAUUGAAAUUAAACUACUUUAUGUCGAUUACGGUAACGAUGAAUAUAGAAAAGUAAAUUCCCAAGAGUGUGAAUUAUACACUUUAAAAAAAGAAUGGUUGGACAUACCUGCUAUUGCAAUAAAGUGUAAAUUAUGGAAUAUAAAAGUUGGUCCUACAGCAAAUCCCAAUGAAUUACUCUUUCAAUUAGCAAAAAUGUACAAUAAACAUGUUAUAGCUAAGAUAAAAGAAACUGACGAAGAGUUUACGAGCAUUGAAUUGUAUGAAGAUGAAAAAUGUGAAAAACUCUUAUAUAAUACUUUAAUCGAAGAAGGUUUGUUUGAAAUUAAACAAAAAGAAAAAUGACGAUCUACAUUAUCCUCAAAUAGUAAUACAUGUUUAUUUCUAUAUUUACAUUUAAUAAGUAAGCUAAAAUUACUUAACUGCAGAGCGGAAGUUUAUGUUUUUGCAUUUAUUUUUGUGAUAAUUUCCUUUUUUAUUGUUAUAACAUAAAACUUACAACUGACAACUAAGUUUUUUUUUUUAAUUUAAAUGUCUAUUAUUAUAAAAGAUAAUUCAUUAUAAAAGUACAUUAACGUUGAGCACUUUUAGCAAUCUGUUCUUUAAGUAACAAAAUACUUUGCCUCUGUUCAGGUGGUAACAUAGCAAUUUGUUCAUCAGAUAACUGUAAUACUUGCAUUAUUAAAGCCGCCUAAAAUAAAAUUAAUAAUUAUUUUUA